AUGUCUUCAUCAUAUAUAUCAUCACUCAAUGAUGCAAGUAAACAAAUAACCAUUUAUGUAGGUAUACCAACACUUAUUGCAGGUAUUCUUGGUGGACUUCUCAAUACAAUUGUCUUUCUUAGUCUUCGAACUUUUCGAGAAAGUCCAUGUGCAUUCUAUUUAACUAUUAUGUCAAUUGUCAAUGUUGGUCAAAUGAUUACCGGUUUACUUGCUCGUAUUUUAACGAGUGGUUUUAAUAUUGAUUGGUCACUAACAUCUCUAUUCUAUUGUAAAUUUCGACUUUAUUGUUUUCAAGUAUGUGCAUUGAUAUCAAUGACUUGUAUCUGCUUGGCAAUUAUUGAUCAAUAUUUGAUUACUUGUUCUCGUCAACGAUGGCAACAAUGGAGUAACAUGACGAUAGCUCGUUGUUUGUCAGCAAUAUUUAUUUUGAUUUGGAUACUUCAUACUAUUCCUUAUCUAAUCUAUUAUAAUCAUGUCAUAUCAAAUACUACCAGCAAAGUAACGUGCAUAGUUACAAAUAAUACCUUUCAACAAUAUGUUACCUUUGGUCUUAUUUUCAUUAUUGGAAAAUUAUUACCUAUCUGUAUGACAUUCUUGUUUGGAAUUCUAGCAUAUCGUAACUUACGACAAAUGAGUCAUCGAGCAUUGCCUAUUGUUCGACGUGAAUUAGACAAACAGUUAACAGUGAUGGUCUUAGUGUUAGUUGUCUGUGCUUUUUUUAUGAAUAUGCCAUAUACUAUUGUAUAUCUUCUAACAGCAAUGCCACAACUCACUCAAAAUCCAAUUAUUGCAGCACAAUUACAAUUUGCUUCUAAUGUGACUACCUAUCUAGUUUAUAUGUACUUUGCAAGUCCAUUUUAUAUAUUUUUGUGUGUAUCCGAUCGAUUUCGUCGACAACUCAUCUAUGUAUUGUUUGAUGUAUAUUUGAAUAAAUGGCGACAACAACGUCAAAUACUAGUCAAUAAAGUGAAACCACAGUUAACAUGA